UUCUUUCACAUGUCAUCACAAUUUUAGCUUCCCAAAUCCUUGAUGUCUUUCGCUUCCUACAUCUCCCCCAAACCACCACUUCUCUUUUUCUUAUUUUACUUCAACCCAUUUUCUUGAUAAUAUAUAUCUAUUUAUAUAUUAUAUCUAAUAAUGGAAGCUACACAACGACGUCGUUUAUCAAUAAUUUCAGCCCAUCUUAUUCCAUUUGAAACCCAAAAAGAUUCAUCCCCGUCAUCUUCAUCAUCAUCAGUUGUAUCGCCUUCUCAUUGCGAUUCUGAGAAACAAGAAGAAAAUGAUUGUGUUUUUUGUAAAAUUAUUCGUGGCGACUCACCUGCUUUGAAGCUAUACGAAGAUGAUUCAUGUGUAUGCUUUUUGGAUAACAAUCCCGUGAGCCCUGGGCACUGUCUUAUAGUUCCACGAUGCCACUUUCCAUCUCUGGUAGCAACUCCUCCAUCUGUGGUGGCUGCCAUGUGCUCAAAAGUCCCUUAUAUUAGUAAGGCUGUCAUGAAAGCAACUGGUGCUGAUUCGUUCAACUUGUUAGUCAACAAUGGCGUGGCUGCGGGUCAAGUAAUAUUUCAUACACACAUCCAUAUAAUUCCUCGCAGGGCACGAGACUGUCUAUGGGCUUCUGAGAGUUUGCAGAGACAUUCCCUGAAGCUAGACGAAGAGGCCUUGCAUCUUGUUAAGGACAUUAGACAACAGUUGUCAUUUAUGGAUGGGUUUGAAGAUAGCAAAGAUCACGGAACCACUCUCAUUGGAAGUUAGCAGAUGGUCUUACUAUCGCUGGGCUGGUUUCCUUGUUUGUAAUUCUAUCCAAAACUUUUGCUUCUUUUUUUUGUUCUUUCUAUUUUUGUUAAGUUGGUUGUAUCUUGUAUGUACAAAAUUGGAGUGAGCUCUGCAGUGUGUUCUCCUGGUUCCCAGUUGGGUUUUACAAAUAGUUUUCGUGUUCCAGCUUA